AUGAGCUGCUUAAAAGACGUAUAUUUUUGGAGACAGAGUCUAAUACUUAUAGGAGACAGUGUACACUCAGCCGGAACUGGCCUCAUGCUUAGUUUCUCUUCUGUCCUGAACCCAGCUCUUCUAUCAAACUCUACUGACAUACAGGCUACACCAGAGGAAGUAUCAUGGAUUUCUGCAAGUCUUGGUUUUGCGGGAUUGGUGGGUCUUAUAUUUCUCCCACCAUUUUUCCAACAUUUCGGAAGAAAGACUAUUCACAUCGCUCUUAACUGUCUACUAUCUAUUGGAUUCCUUUGUUUCUUCUUUUCAAAUAGCAUCACAGGAUUGUUUAUAGGAAAAUUUAUUCAAGGGAUCGAUAUGGGUGGUGUUACCAUAACCAUUUUUAUCAUUGCCGAGUAUUCACAUCCGAAACGACGAGGUUACUUUAUGACUAUAAAGAAAGCCAGUGUAUCACUCGGUUCUUUACUCUGUCAUUCUUUAUAUUUCUCGUGGACUUGGAGACAAAUCGCACUUAUAGCUGUGGUCCCUUACACAAUAUCAACAGUCAUGAUCCUCUUUUGGCCAGAAAGUCCAGCCUACUUGGCAAUGAAGGGCAAAUACAAGGAAUGUGAGAAGUCUCACAUUUGGCUCUUUGGAAAUUCCCAGAAGAGUAUAAAAGAUCUAGAUGAACUGCUAACAGCUCAAAUGGAGAGACGGAAUAAAAGGCCAAAGACUCCGAUGGAGAUGGUUAAAAGGAUUUUGGGCAAAUUCACUCGGAAAGACUUUAUGAAACCAACAUUAAUAGUCGCGUUACUAACUUUGAUGGUUGAUGCUUCAGGUCGAUAUUAUAUGAUACUGUACAUAAUACAAAUUGUUGUAGAAAUAACUGGUGAUACAUCAACAGCAGUAUACUGUUCGAUAGCUGCCGAUAUAUUUACCAUGAUCGCUUUGAUCUUCCAGGGCUUUGUUAUUAAACGAAUCUCACGGCGAAAAAUCCUUCUCUACUUUGGAGUUACCAGUACAGUCCUCACAUAUGUUUUAAGUCUUAUUAUUUACUUGCAAUCGAAUCAUAAGAUCGGCGCGGACCUGCUUUGGCUGACACCUUCAUUAAUUGUUUUCAAUUCGUUUAUGGGCUUUGUAGGAGUAAUUCCAACAGCCUUUACUGUGAUUGGAGAAAUAUAUCCAUUGGAGCACAAAGGUACAGGUUCCUUUGCUGCCGGUGUAUUGUUUACUGGCCUAUAUGCGAUAACUGUAAAAUGUAUACCAAAAAUUAUAGAUGAAUUGGGCGUUGAAGGGAUGUUCGCGAUUUUUGCAACGUGUUUACUUGUAUGUGUUAUAGGUUUAUAUUUCACUCUAAUAGAGACCAAAGAUAGAACGCUUCAAGAUAUAGAGGAUGAAAUAAAAGGCAUUAAAAGAAUAAACGAGCGUUUAAUUAGUGCCACGUAG